ACAAAAUAAAACUUCUUGCUUCGAAAUGAGAGAAAUUGCGCGAGAAUUUGUGAACAAGAGAAAUCGAGUGCUCGGUUGAGAACUUUCUACGAGUGUUCAGUGCUACUUGUGCUCGAUUUCUGCGGCCGAAAAAAAGGGAUUCAAGGACUAUGGCCGAGAACGAAAGACACCUGGAGCCUAAAGUGACCGAGGUGACGCCGCAUUCUGCCGAGCAUCGGGUCUCCCUUUACCCAAUUACGAUGGAAGAGAAUAGGCGGGGCGAGGGGACGAUGGCAGAGUCGAAUAAAAAGGAGUCGAACGCGUUGGAGAAUCGUGGGCAGAGGUUACAACAGACCCAAUCGUUGCCGCAAUUGCAACCUGGUGGCACGACGCCAGGUGACAGGAAGGUGGAAAAUCCCGGUGAAAACAUCCCGGACACGAUCAGCAGUCAAAGGGUGUACAAGAAGUCAUCGCCGAACAACAAGCUCACUCUCUACUUGGCGAGCAGGGAUCUGAUCGUGGGCGAGGCGAAAAUCGACAAGCUGCAGGGCGUGCUGUUGCUCGACCCAGAGUUUUUGCAAGGUAAAAGGGUAUUCGGGCAGAUUACGUUGACUUUUCGUUACGGGAGAGAGGAUGAAGAGGUGAUGGGGCUGAAAUUCUGUAACGAGGCGGUUAUGUGCAUCGCGCAACUGUAUCCGCCGUAUUCGGGCGCUGAUCAACAAGAAACGACCCCGUUACAGGAGGCGUUGGUGAAGAGGUUGGGCCCGAACGCCCACGCUUUCACCAUGGAGAUCACGCCUUUAGCGCCCCCAUCGGUGCAGUUGGUGCCUGCGAAAGAAUAUAACGGCGCCCCUAUCGGCACCAGCUACGACGUCAGAGCUUACAUCGCCGACCGGGCGGACGAGAAGCUUCACCGGAAAACGACCGUCAGGAUGGGGAUCCGUGUGAUCCAGCGGACCACGAGGCCCCCGUUGCCGGCCACGAACGUGUACAGCGUGCCUGUGUCGGCCACUCCCUCCUCCAGAGAACGAACCGGCAGAGUCUCGUUCGUGGAGAACGAGAUCGCGGAGGACGAGGAGAACGCGGCCCCACGCGCGGCGGUGGAGAAACCGUUCUUGUUGAGCGACGGCCGCGUGGGUUUGGAGGCGAGGCUGGAUCGCGCCAUCUACGCGCACGGCGACCCGAUCACCGUGCACGUCAACGUCAAUAACAACAGCAGCAAAACGGUGAGAAGGAUCAAGGUUUUCAUAGUGCAACACGUGGACGUGUGUAUGUUCAGCAACGGAAAAUUCAAGAACGUGGUGGCCUUGUUAUCCUCCCAGGAGGGAUGUCCAUUAGGUCCUGGAGCAUCGAUGAAGAAAACUUAUACCCUUAAACCUAUCAGAGGCUCGACCAAAAAUUGGAUCGCCUUGGAGGAUAGUUACGCGAAGGCAGAGGCAAUGUUGGCGUCCACUGUUAUUUGCCCUGGAAAUGGACCAGAGGACAGAAACGUUUUCGCCAUAUACGUAUCUUAUUACGUGAAGGUCAAGCUAUUAAUCUCGACAAUGGGUGGAGAUGUAUCGCUUAAACUACCAUUCACGUUAAUGCAUAGCAAUACUGAUCCGGAUUUAGUAGGCUUUCCAUCCCCUACCAGAGAGCUAAAAAUUGUAGCGAAAAUGAACGAGGAAAAGAUGGAGAAUAUCGAGAGACAAGAGGAGAAUAAUGGGCACAAAUAUAAAGGAAGCAAAUUGGAACCGAUUAAAGAAAAAUUGAAAGAGACCAAAGACAUUGACGUGGAUCUGAUAGAACACUACGAGGAAAGCGACAGUACCUGAGAGCAGGUGCAAACGACCGAGGUAUCAUCGCGAUCAUCGGUGAAGAACAAUAAUGGCGCAAGAACCGUGAAGAAUUCCAA